AUGUCGAUCCGAAUCGCCCUCGAUAAGCCACAAGAGUUCUACACGAACCUCGACGAAAUCAGCGGGCAAGUCAUCCUAGGCCUGAACCGUGUCGAGACGAUUGGCAAUGUCGUCGUCAAGCUCGAAGGCGACUCCCGCACCGCCCUUAAGACUCCGGACCUCGACGGCCGCGUCAACAAAUAUGACUCGAACGGCGUCGUCACCGAGAGCCACAAGCUGCUGUACCGGCUGCAGCAGGUCUUUCCGACCCCGAACACCCCGAUGAACGGGCCUGGCGGCUCCAGCGUAUUCAACCCGGGGCAGCACGCCUUCCGCUUCAACUUCAAGAUGCCACUCAACAACAUCUGCCACGAUCCGAAAGCAAUGUCCUCGCUGAUAGGCGUGGGCGGCAUGCUUGCGCCAGGACAGUCGGGCAUGCUUGGCCUUGGCGGCUUCCGCACCAUGGACGGCACUCGCCAGCUUAUGCUGCAGCAUGUCAAGUCGACUCUGCCUCCCAGCCUGACGGGGUUCCACGCGCAGGCCGAAAUAAGAUACUAUAUCAAGGUCACGAUUCAGCGGCCAGGCUUCUUCAAGGAGAACUGGCGAUUCCAAAUCGGCUUCAAGUUCCUGCCGCUCGAGCCUCCGCGGCCAGCGCUCACGGCCCAGGAGGCCUUUGCCAGAAGACCAUUUGCAUUCACACCACGCACACCGCACCCAGCGAAACGGCAUUCCUUCUUCGGUAUCGGCGGCAAGUCCAAGAACAAAGACCCCGCAGAGCCGGGCCCGGUAGAGGGCGAGAAACAGGAGCCGCCCACCAUAGAAGUCUCCGCACGCCUGCCGCACCCUGCCAUCCUCACCUGCAACGAGAACAUACCACUCAGGAUCCUUGCCAAGAAGGCCGCUCCGGUCAACGAGCAGGUCUACCUUGUGGGCUUGGAGGUGGUGCUGCUCGGCUACACCAAUGUGCGCGUGUCGACCCUGUACCACACCGAGACGUCGAAGUGGACAGUCGUCACGCAGCAGAACCUCAAGGUGCCCCUGGGGAAGCCGGAAGACGAGGUAGGUUCCGAGUUCGAGGUGCCAAACAAUCUCUGGGCUGGCCAGGCACUGCCCAACACGGUCGCGCCGUCCUUUAAGGCUUGCAACAUCGAGCGCCGCUACGAGCUGGAAGUACACCUGGCGCUGUCAUGGGGUCUCCCGGGCGUCAAAGGCGCCACGGCGUUUCCGCAGCUGCUGCGCCUGCCAUUGAAGCUUUCAAACGUGGCAGUGUUUUCCGGCAUCAAGCCACCACCGGAACUUCUCCAAGCCGCGACUGCCGCCGCCGCCGCCACCACCACCACCGGCAAGCCAAAGCCACCAGCGCUCCCGCCACGAGCCUCACAGGUCGGCCUCAACUCGCAGUUCCAGUCCUCGCAGCAGAGACCGGGCAGGCCCACGCACACAAACACAUUCCCAGCCGCCGACGGCAGGCCACCACCCUUGCCCACGGCGGCCGGCCGGCCAACACAGGUCCACGACCCUCUGUACCCGCCGCAGCUCGGGCCGGGCAACGUGCUCCCCGCGGACGACGCGCCGCCCAGCUACGACGAGGCCAUGGCGGCGACGGCCAGCGCGCCGAGCACCGAAGACCGCCCGGCGUACAGCGGCGUCACGGACCCGAAUGCGCCUAGCUCGAUCCCCGAGAAUGACGGCACCGAGAAGAGAGGGUGGCACUGA